AUGGAGCCGGAGGUGCCGGAGCUCCUGGAGCCACAGGACGGGCUCUUCCCGGGCAGCGUCUUCCCCGAUCCCCGCUUCUCCGGCUCGGUCCCAUCUCCCGGCAGCUCGGAGCCGGCCUUCGAGGGCUGGACGCUCUCCGAGGAUGGCGGGAGCAAAGCCGAGGAGCUGCUGCGGCUGACGGUGAACCCCGACGUCGUCUGCGGCCUGGGCGGCCGCAGCUCCCAGGCCGCCAGCCCGGAGCCCCCCCGGCCCGACGAGCCCCCCCCCACCACCCUCUACGAGGUGGUCUGCGACCUCAGCACCCCCCUGCACGGCAGCGUCGUCUCCGUCCGGCUGGGUCAGCAGGAGCAGGCAGGAGCAGGCAGGGCAUGGCUGCCUCUCCCCCUUGCAGACGACUGGCUGUGUCCCGCACUGCUCCCCGGCUCCUGCAUCAUCAACGAGCUGCCUGCCGUGCCCCUGCCUGCUCCGCUGCCUGCGCCCAGCCCCGCGGUGACCCGUCCCCACACGUGUCCCGUCUCUCGGCAGUUGCGCCUGACGGAGGAGGAGAAGAGGCUGCUGGCGCAGGAGGGGGUGACGCUGCCCGGCACCCUGCCCCUCACCCAGGCUGAGGAACGGAUCCUUAAGAAGGUGAGGAGAAAGAUCCGGAACAAGCAGUCAGCCCAGGACAGCCGGCGGAGGAAGAAGGAAUACCUGGACGGGCUAGAAAGCAGGGCGGCCGCAUGCUCAGCCCAGAACCAGGAGCUGCGGAAGAAAGUCCAGGAGCUGGAGAAGCGCAACGGGUCCCUGCUGCGGCAGCUACAGGCACUGAUCAAGCCGACGUCCAACAAGGCCGCCCAGACCAGCACCUGCGUAUUGAUCCUGCUCCUCUCCCUGGGACUCAUCCUCUUCCCCAGCUACAGCCCCUUCCGCCGGGGCCCGGGUGGCAGCCGGGACGGUGACAGGCCCACCGGAGUGAUUUCCAGGAACAUCCUGACCCGGGGGGAGCUGCUGGGACCAGCCGGAGAAGCCCCAUUCCCUGUGCCGGGGUGGCUAUGGGUGGAAGAGCCGGGACCUGCGGCUGCUGCGGAAGAUGGGCGAGGGGGGCCUGGGGAUGGGAGGCCCCCCCCCGGCAGGGAGCCGGGCACCAACUCCUCCAGCCAGGCCCUGCCAGGGGAUGCGGGGACUCCGGUGGGGGCAGCGAAACGGGGACACGGGGACGAGAUGUGA